AAGUGAAACAGGGGCGGCACAGCUACGGAAAGAAUAAAAAAAGCCCUGUGUUCAAGGGGAGGGGGUAAAAAAAUAUGUCGGCGUUUUGGGGGCAGAGGAGGACUGUGGAAACGCACAGUGCGAGAUAUAGGGCAGCUGUCUCCGCGUUAUUGGUUGACUGAUGUGGGGAGGUUUUGAUGAUCGACCGGGCUAGCCUGGUGUGCAUGUAGUUUAUCUUUUACUCAUUUCAACCGAGUUACUGUGCACAGUUGACAAAAAAAUUCAUAAUCCUUUAUAAUGCAUUAACGCAACAGGAAAGCUAUCAAUGCUGUCUUCUUCCACGGGCAGGCAGCUCCUUAUUGUAUCAAUCCGCAGCGGAGUAUCUUUUAGACCUAGCUAGCGUUAGCGUGGUUAUUAUUAUUAUUAUUUUUAGCUUUGUUUCUCAAUUCUCUCGUUGAACAUGGCGCCUUACAUUUUGGACGUACCGUACCAGCAUGAGAAACGCGUAUAAGCGAACAGUUAGCCGUAGCACGGCCAUACGGUUGCUCUUUCGGGUUAACCUUAGAGCAGGUUGGCGAGCUAACGCUGGUUUUAGCGCUUAAGGCUAGUCAGUUCAUUAUUGUGGCAUACCCCCAACGGAAUGGCUUUAUCUGUAAAUAACUAUAUUAUUGUCCCAACUGGAGGAUGGUUAACUUGUGUUUGUCCAAAUGUUUUUAAACUGUAAUUCCUACCGCCAUAUUUAGUAUCCUGUAGCUAGCACCGGGCUAAAAGCUAACAUCAUGGUGGCUUAUAGUGUUAGUUACGGGGUAUCGCAACGUUAACACAUGCCCACAAAUAAUGCAGCAGUGAUAGCAAAUAGUCCCCAUUAUUUUUAAUAGAGUCGAGUGAAUGCGUACGUGUUAACGCAAUCCCUUACAAGUUUUGUGGCAGUAAUGUGUAUUGUUGUUGGAAUUGAUUUGCACAGAUGUAGUUUUUUUUUUUCCUUUUUUUGUUUUCGUGAUUUCAACAGUUCUACAUAUCUAGCGGAUGUUGCAUAUAAUUUUUUCCUUGUUUAAAAAGCACUUUGAACCGCCAAAUUGUAAAUACGUGUGUUCGCCACCUGUCCCCGCCCUCUAUAAUGCCCCAGUGUUUGCAGCAUCUGCAGUGAACAUGAUGGCAGCCCAGUCGCUUUCCAUAGACAUGUACCCUAAGGGCGAGCAGCAGAUGCAAGGUGUGGUAAAAGUGGACACUGACUCAGAGCAGACGUUCAUUGAAGGGACAUUGGCAGACGCACCCAGCCCAGUGCCUACAGAGCCGCAGACACCCAUGGAUGUGGACAAAGCCUCCAUAUAUCGGCAUCCACUGUUCCCUCUGUUGGCCCUGCUGUUUGAGAAGUGCGAACAGUCCACAAUGAGCACUGACUGCAUUACCUCAGCAAGCUUUGAUGUGGACAUUGAGAACUUUGUUCGCAAUCAGGAGAAAGAGGGCAAGCCUUUCUUCAGUGAGGACCCUGAACUUGACAACUUGAUGGUAAAAGCUAUCCAGGUGUUGCGGAUCCACCUGCUGGAGCUGGAGAAGGUGAGUGAUCUGUGCAAGGAUUUCUGUAGCCGAUACAUCGCCUGCCUCAAGACUAAGAUGAACAGUGAGACUUUGCUGAGUGGGGAGCCAGGCAGCCCAUAUUCCCCAGUACAAGGCCAGAUCCAAAGCUUCUCCCCCACCAAGUCUCAGAACCCCAGCUCUGUCUCUGGGACCAUCAGUCCCCAGGGUCAAAUUGUCAUGCCAGCAUCAGCCCUGCAGCAAGGCAACGUUACCGUGACAGCCGUCAACCCCACCCAGGUGGUCGCAGGUAUGUCAUCAUGGCAUACAACCACUCCUUCAGGUGGCACAGUGUACCAGCCUGUUACAGUUGUUACUCCUCAGGGUCAAGUGGUUACACAGGCUCUUUCUCCUGGGACAAUACGCGUCCAAAACAAUCAGCUCCAGCUACAGUUUCACCAGGACUUGAAUCUCUUUAAUCAUGAUGACAACUCAUCUAAGACCAAGCGUGGUGUUCUCCCUAAACAUGCCACCAAUGUCAUGCGCUCAUGGCUCUUCCAGCACAUAGGGCAUCCAUAUCCAACAGAGGAUGAAAAGAAACAAAUUGCUACUCAGACAAACCUGACACUUCUUCAAGUCAACAACUGGUUUAUAAAUGCACGGAGGCGAAUCCUGCAGCCCAUGUUGGACGCCAGCUCCUCGGAGACUCCUAAAGCCAAGAAGAAGACGCCUCAGAACAGGCCAUUGCAGCGCUUCUGGCCCGACUCCAUCGCCACUGGAGGCACCCAGCAGCAUGUUACCAUGCCAGAUGGUACAAUGGUGACAAUGAACAUGGAGGGUCUGCAGAGCCUGACGUCAGACGGUGCCACACUGGCUGUGCAGCAAGUGAUGAUUGGAGGCCACAGUGAAGAUGAGUCGGGGGACAGCGGGGACGAGGACGAUGAUGCGGACAUGGCUGGGCUGGGCCUGGACAACAGUGACUCACUGCAGUAGAGAGGACAUGCCUCCUGCACACACUGAUCUACACAUCAUGUGUAAAUAGUUCAACAGAGUCCAUGUACAUUCUCAAACACAAAGGAAUCAUAACACAAACUCACAUUAGGUUCACACAGAGCACAAAACUAGGACACAACAGAUUCAGUCCUGCAUUCUUCCAAAUUUUCACCCUGCUGAACAGUAGUCUGUGCUGUGUGUGUGUGUGUGUGCGUGUGUGUGUGUGUGUGUGUGUGUGUGUGUGUACAUCAGGAGUUUCCUUUCAGAAACUGUUUGUUUAGUUGAUGUAGGCGAGUGCACUUUUUUAAAAUAUAUUUAAGCUCAAAAAGAUUAAAACAGAAGAAAAAAAUGAAGUGUUAAAAACACCUGAAGCAAGUUUGUAUGUUCCGUUAAAUGUUGACUGACAUUUUUUUUUGUUUUCAUGGCCCCUGCUCCCAUUCCCCACCUGAUUUCUCAUUUUGGAUGCCAACACUUUAAUGUGUACCUGUAAGAGUUUGUCUUCACUUUUUGCAUGCUUGUGUUUUGAGUAGAUGUGCACACUCUUACAACUGACUCCUUGGCUCUUAUACAGGCCCUGUAGGCUGAGCAGAGCCCAAGUGAAGAGAGGAAAACAGAGAUGCUUAUUUUUAUAUUCAAAAAUAUGAAAGUAGUGUUCAUUUCUUUUUUUGUGUGUUCUGCUGUUUUGUAAGAAAUAUUUAUGUACAGAUUCAUAAUUAAAAGUAGCAACCCUGUUUUCCAGGGUUCUUUGAAGUUUUCUAAAAAAAACAACAACUGAAAAAUGGAAUUAAAUGCUGAAAACUGUUAUUUAAAUUGGUUUUAAACAUAUAAUACUAACAAGGCCUUACCUGUGUUCUUUUCUAAAGAGUUUCUUGCCAAGAAGCACAAAAUGAAAGUCUGACCCUUGUCAAAUAGACACUAAAGUGCACAACAGCUGUGGUACUGUAAAGCAUUGUUAAUUACUUUCCUUUUACUGCAGCUUCAGUUUCCUUCAGUUUUCUCACACAGUAACCCAACUGUAGUGCUCAGAUUAUUUAGCACAUUGUGUACUAUACAUUAUGUAUUUUAAUUAUUCUAUGGUAAGAGUUUAUGCAUCAAUUCUCAAGUGCACAAUCCAGAACACUGUUACUCACACAAUCCCCCAGGGUCUGAUGGGAAGUUCUUGGGAACGCAUAAUCCACACCAUCAAUAAGAAGCAGUGGACGUUUGGACUCAUUGAACUUUUAUUCAUGUAUACAUACACGCCCCUGUAGUGAGGGAGUGUGUGGACAUUUGGAUUCAUUGGCAGACAGAGGGAUUUGGACUGUGCUGCAGCCUAGGCUGGUUCCCCAUUACUACAGACACAUGUAGAGAAAAUUAAAAGAAAAUUCUUUAUGAAUUUGUUGAUAUGACUGCACAAAUUGGGGUGCCUCUUUCUAGGAUAUUUGUAAUAUUGUACCAUACAACAGUUGUCUGUCUAAAGUUGCAGUAACCUGGUCUAUAUCCUUGUUGUAAAGUUUAGACAUGAAAUGGUCAAUUUCAUGCAGCCUGAGGAUGGAGAAAACUGCAUGGACCCGUGCUGGAUCCAUCUUGCUUUGUAUGAUGCCCUCUUCACUUCUCUCUUGUCUGUUUGCCUUAGAGCUUUAUAUUUUGGAAUAAAUGAUGCCUAACUCUGA